UCCCUAGUGCGGGGUAUAUUCAGUGUAUGUGUUAUUGAGUGUGUGUGUUAUUAAACUAGAAGUAAAAUACAUAAAAAGAUAUUUGAUUUAAUUUGACUUUAUUUACAAACUUGACUACUUUUGCAGAGAAUGGUAUAACGAUUGAACAUUUCCCCAAAUUAAAACUAGACAAUUUGAAAGAAUUAUGCCCACAUAUGGGGACUAGACUAUCUUUAGAGGAAAAGAUAGGGGAGCUUAUUACUGCACAGGCAACGACAGAUGCAGUAUCUGAAUCAACUGAUGAUCAAGUCAUUAUUACUCCCACCUCCAGUAAAUUUGAGACAAGCACCAGUGAUGCCGGUUUAUUAGUUUCAUUAGAUGAACUACAAGUGGUCGACGUCUUGGAAACAACCAAAAGUGUAUCUAGAAAAACAUUUCCACAUUUUGAUUUGGAGACACUACUGCAUACGUCAGCAGGUGGCAAUAGUAUUUUAAAAUACUAUGAAACAUAUGGUUUUCUCAAUAAUACCAAGAGAAACCAGUUGACCGAUAUAAUUAUAAAACAUAUAUACACAUACAUUGUCAAUUAGUAAGUAUAUACUGUAUAUAUUAGUAAGUAUAUACUG